AUGGCCCCAAGCAAUGCAGAGAAAGAAUGGCAACAGCUAGACGAAGACCUAGAAGGGAUAUUAGAAAGCGUGCUGGCAGGAGCAGCAGAAAGGAAGAUAGAGGCAAUGAUGGAAAUUGUGUACAGUGUUGGAGUUGAGAGGUUUGGAGAGAAGCCUAUGUUGGGUGCAAAAACCAGCGGAAAACUUACGGCCAGUGUGGAGGAGGUAGAGAUUCAUCUGAGAGCAACACAUGGGGACCAGCACCGAGACAGUCCCAUAGAAGACAUAGAAGGAAUGGAAGAACCAGCUCCAGUUUACCCGAUGGAUUGUAGUGAAAUAAAGCUGUCUGAGGUAAAGGAGGUCGUACAGAAGGCAAGAGCGGGAUCAGCACCCGGCCCUAGCGGAAUAACUUACAAAGUCUACAAGAAGUGCCCCAAAUUAGUGAGGAGACUCUGGAAGCUACUUAAGGUACUCUGGCGGAAAGAGAAAAUACCCGAAUCCUGGAAGAAAGCUGAGGGGGUGUUUUGCCCCAAACAAGAGAACUCGCUGAAGAUCGACCAGUUCAGAACAAUCUCCCUGUUAUCAGUGGAGUGCAAGAUUUAUUUUGCGAUCUUGGCUAAGAGACUCUUGCACUUUAUGCUGAGGAACAACUAUAUAGACACAUCGGUACAGAAAGGAGGGGUACCAGGGUUUUCUGGCUGCCUCGAGCACACCAGUAUUCUGACACAACUGAUCCAAGAAGCAAAAACAGAGAAGAAAGACCUCUCAGUAGUCUGGUUGGACUUAGAAAAUGCAUACGGCUCAGUUCCUCACCAAUUGAUCAAGAUGGCCCUAAACAAAUGUCAUGUUCCACAGCAGGCAUGUAGAGUGAUAAGCCAGUACCUGGACGGUCUACAGAUAAGAUUCACAGUCAAUGGGAACACUACAGCUUGGCAGAGCCUACAGAGGGGGAUUAUAACCGGAUGCACAAUCUCAGUGAUACUCUUCGUAGCAGCGAUGAACCUUGUCAUGAAGCCAGCUAUGCUGGAAGAAGUCGAGAGGAAGAUUAGCAGACAUCUCCGGAAGUGGCUGGGGCUCCCACCAAGCUUUACCAGACUAGGCCUAUACAGCAGAACGGCGAGACUGCAGUUACCGUUCACCUCAGUAGUGGAAGAGUUCAAGGUGUGCAAGACAAGGGCCCUGAUGACCUUGGAGGGGAGUAAAGAUGAAAAGGUCAGUCAGGCAGGCGUGGAACUGAGGUCAGGACGGAAGUGGUCUGUGGCAAAGGCAGUACAAGAGGCCAAGAGUAGUCUUAGACAUCGCGACAUAGUGGGAGUGGUGGCCCAAGGCAGACUGGGAUUAGGAGCAGGGAAAACUGACCACCAGUGUUCCUCAUAUGCGGUUACUUAA